AUGGAAUUGACCAAAAUGUCAGACAUGACAAAGCUCCACCAAGCCGUGGCUGCAGGGGACUACAAUUUAGUGAGAAAGAUUUUGAAAAAGGGUCUCUGUGACCCAAACUACAAGGAUGUGGACUGGAAUGACCGAACCCCACUUCACUGGGCUGCAAUCAAAGGGCACAUGGAGGUGAUGCAGCUCCUUCUUCAAUAUGGAGCCAGGCCCUGCCUGGUAACUGACGUGGGCUGGACCCCAGCUCAUUUUGCAGCCGAGUCAGGCCACGUGAACGUGCUGAAAAUUCUCCAUGCGUUGCAUGCCGCCAUCGACGCCCCCGACUUCUUUGGAGACACGCCGAAGAGAAUCGCACAGAUCUACGGGCAGACAGCCUGUGUGGCGUUCCUGGAGAAGGCUGAGCCCGAAUGCCGGGACCACCGGCGCACCGCCAGGCAGAAGGGGCUGCCUCUGGACCAGCAGGACGAAGACUGGGAUGCCAAGAAAAGGGAGCUGGAGCUGUCUCUUCCUUCCUCAAAUCGAAACACUAAUAAGAAAACGAAUAAGACAACUGGAGGCCCCAGCAGGCCCGGCCAUCCUAAGGAGAGAAGAGAGUGAGAAGGACAGCAUCAUCAGUGCCUCUGGCACGCAUGUCUGCUGCGGGGGACUGUCCCUGGACCAGACUAGGAGUGUGAGACCUGCACUGUCAUUAUGUGAUUUUACUUAUGACCGUUACCCAGGCCUUCCACCAGUAGCUCUGGACCUGCCAUUCGGUCUGAAGCCUUGUUCUCUGCAGAGCUGCUGCCUCCCUGCUGAUACGCCCUGUCCACCAAGAUUGCCAGAAAAGGGCCGAGCGUCACCAGUCAUUUGCCUGGUCAGCAUCCCCUGACCCUGUAUGUGCCAUUAUAGAAUUUCAAGGGCAAAGAAAGCUCUCCCUAAGGACUUGAUUGCUUCAAUGAAAAGAGAAAGUAACAAUAAAAUCUCAGAAAUCUCCUACCUACUCACUAUAGUUAAUCUGUGACAAAAGUGAUUUGUUGUCACAUAAACCAAGCAAAGAGAUGAACAAAUGUAGCUCGCAGGUUCCAGCUGUGGUUCUCCUUCAUGGGGCAGAGGUGAACAAUCCCAGCCUGGUUGUUUUAACCAAGGAUCACUUCUCCGUAGGAAGAACAAUCUGGGCAAUAGACCAACUCGGUGAGCAAUCCUGGGAACACGGACGAGAAUUAGUUUUACCCCACGUAACGAAUGAGAGGUAGCAUAAAAAUUAGAACAUGUGAUUUCGGCCCUACUUGUUGGAUGUGCGUGUUAGGAAAUCUAAAUACAGAUCAGGUAUUUCCAGUGAAAAUGUCGCAUCCACCUUGAGAUGUGCUCUACAUGUGAAAUACGUAUCAGAUUUUGAAUAUUUGGAACAAAAAAAAUGUAAAACAGCUCAUUAACAAUAUUAUUGAUUACGGGUUGAAAUGAUCAUAUUUUGGGUA